AGAAUACGGGUCGGAUAUAAUAAAUAUGAAGUUGCUUAAUGUUGUGCUGAGAGAGAUACUUGUGUUCCUUGAGUUUAAGGAUAUUGUCAACUCUGGGCUUGCUUUUGUGUCCAAGAAGUUUUAUCAUAAUAUUGUGGAGGAUAAUGAAGUUUUGAGGAGGAUGAUUCCUAGGUAUGUUGCAAUUAUCAGAGAUUAUGACAGAGAGGUCAGGUAUCACAACAUGAUUAGUAGUAUGGUACGAGAUCAAAAUUCGGAGUAUCAAGACAGACAACUCAAAAAUUUCAGCAAGUUUUAUGACAGCUGUGAGUCGAAGUUGUGGAACAUCUUAAGAGUAUUGGAAAGUGAUGUCAGCCAAGAGUUCACAGUUGAACUUGCAAGAAUCUCAGGAGUUAGACAUAGAUUCAAUGAGAAUAUUAGACUCAAGAAAAUAUUCAAUAAUUUAGAAGGGAUUUAUUACUCUCAACGUGAAGAUUACUUAAAGAACCAGAUUUUUUGUGCAACCGGAAUUAUAAAGCCAUUCCAAAUAGAUAUAUUUAAUGGGCAAGUAGCCAUAAAGUCAGAGGACACUGACAUGAAUGAAUCAAUAGAAAGCUCUGGUUCAGAAAAUUCUUCAUCAGAUCCAGAAAACUCUGAUGAAUUUGAAGCUAAAUGUGAACUUGCUGUCCCAUCAAGUGAAUUAUUCGAUGAGCUUAAGAUAGCUGAAUUUGAAAAAUCCUCUCUAGAGUCAAUACCUUUUUGGAAUGGAUUUAAAGUAUUAUUCAGUAAUUACGCAACAACUCCAAUCAAGACCAUUGCAAUAUUUGUGCAUGAUUAUCCAAUGACAGUUGAAGAUCAUCCAUUGGCUCAUAUUGUUAAAGAAAAGUUUUUAGAUGCUGUUAUGGGUAAUAAACUAAAAAUACUUCCCUCCAAAACAUUAAUGAUAGCUUAUCAGUAUUAAAAUAAUAAUAAAACUACCAAUUCUGGAAACGAAUGUUG